UGUUUCCUGCUGAACCUGAGUCUCCUGCAACCCACAUCAGCCAUUCAAAAUCUUUCCUUCUGGGCUUUUCUCUGAAAUUCACUCUUGAUAGACGGUAUAUAAGGCCAGCUCCUCCAAGCAGAGAAACUCCCCCUGGCUGCCACAGGAGGCCAAGGCACUCAAUAGUCCUACCCACAGGGAUUCUGCAAGGCUCACACCCUCAUCCGGGGUCUUGUUUCAGCGAUGUUGGUCUGUCUCCAUCUUCAAGUCUUUCUGGCUUCCGUGGCCUUAUUCGAGGUUGCAGCAUCUGACACAAUUGCACAGGCCGCCAGCACCACUACCAUCUCUGAUGCUGUGAGUAAGGUCAAGACCCAGGUCAACAAGGCUUUCCUGGAUUCCCGGACCAGGCUGAAGACGGCCUUGAGCUCUGAGGCACCCACCACCCGACAGCUCUCGGAGUACUUCAAGCACGCCAAGGGCCGCACCCGCACGGCCAUUCGCAACGGGCAGGUGUGGGAGGAGUCCUUAAAGAGGCUGAGGCGGGACACAACCCUGACCAACGUCACAGACCCUAGCCUGGACUUGACUGCACUCUCCUGGGAGGUGGGCUGCGGUGCCCCGGUUCCUCUGGUGAAAUGUGAUGAAAACAGCCCUUACCGCACCAUCACGGGAGACUGUAACAACAGGAGGAGCCCCGCGCUGGGCGCCGCCAACAGGGCGCUGGCGCGCUGGCUGCCGGCGGAGUACGAGGACGGGCUCGCCGUGCCCUUCGGCUGGACGCAGAGGAAGACGCGCAACGGCUUCCGCGUCCCGCUGGCCCGUGAGGUAUCCAACAAAAUUGUAGGCUACCUGGACGAAGAGGGUGUUCUAGACCAAAACAGGUCCCUGCUCUUCAUGCAGUGGGGUCAAAUUGUGGACCACGACCUGGACUUCGCCCCGGAAACGGAACUGGGGAGCAGCGAGCACUCCAAAGUCCAGUGUGAGGAGUACUGUAUCCAGGGAGACAACUGCUUCCCCAUCAUGUUCCCAAAAAACGAUCCCAAGUUGAAGACUCAAGGGAAAUGCAUGCCUUUCUUCCGAGCCGGGUUUGUCUGCCCCACUCCACCUUACCAGUCGUUGGCCCGAGAUCAGAUCAAUGCUGUGACCUCCUUCCUGGACGCCAGCUUAGUGUACGGCUCUGAGCCCAGUCUGGCCAGCCGUCUCCGGAACCUCAGCAGCCCGCUGGGCCUCAUGGCUGUCAACCAAGAAGCCUGGGACCACGGGCUGGCCUACCCGCCCUUUAACAAUGUGAAGCCAAGCCCCUGUGAGUUCAUCAACACCACUGCCCACGUGCCCUGCUUCCAGGCGGGAGAUUCCCGAGCCUCAGAGCAGAUCCUGCUGGCCACUGUCCACACCCUCCUUCUCCGGGAGCACAACCGGCUGGCCAGAGAACUAAAGCGACUCAACCCUCACUGGGAUGGAGAGAUGCUCUACCAGGAAGCCCGGAAGAUCCUGGGAGCCUUCAUACAGAUUAUCACCUUUAGGGACUACCUACCCAUUGUGCUAGGUAGUGAGAUGCAGAAGUGGAUCCCGCCCUACCAAGGCUAUAACAACUCUGUGGAUCCCCGAAUUUCCAAUGUCUUCACCUUUGCCUUCCGCUUUGGCCACAUGGAGGUUCCCUCCACUGUGUCCCGCCUGGAUGAGAAUUACCAGCCGUGGGGUCCGGAAGCAGAGCUCCCCCUGCACACCCUCUUCUUCAACACCUGGAGGAUAAUCAAAGACGGUGGAAUUGACCCCCUGGUGCGGGGUUUGCUGGCCAAGAAGUCCAAACUGAUGAAUCAGAAUAAAAUGGUGACGAGUGAGCUGCGCAACAAGCUUUUCCAGCCCACUCACAAAAUCCACGGCUUUGACCUGGCUGCUAUCAAUUUACAGCGUUGCCGGGACCAUGGGAUGCCUGGGUACAACUCCUGGAGGGGCUUCUGUGGCCUCUCACAGCCCAAGACGCUGAAGGGGCUGCAGGCCGUGCUGAAGAACAAGAUACUGGCUAAGAAGUUACUGGAUCUCUACAAGACCCCCGACAACAUUGACAUCUGGAUCGGAGGCAACGCCGAGCCCAUGGUAGAAAGGGGCCGGGUGGGGCCUCUCCUGGCCUGCCUCCUAGGGAGGCAAUUCCAGCAGAUACGUGAUGGGGACAGGUUCUGGUGGGAGAACCCUGGGGUCUUCACUGAGAAGCAGCGGGACUCUCUACAGAAAGUAUCCUUCUCGCGCCUCAUCUGUGACAACACCCACGUCACGAAGGUCCCGCUGCAUGCCUUCCAGGCCAACAACUACCCACAUGACUUUGUGGAUUGCUCAGCCGUUGAUAAGCUGGAUCUCUCACCCUGGGCCUCCAGGGAGAAUUAGGGGCCCGGGCUCCACAGCCUCCCACACUGUUCAGUAGAGCUCCCCUUGGCCCCGAUGCCAUUUCAAGUAGACUCAGUGACCCAGCCCCUUCGGGCUCCCUACCCCAUCCCAGGCCUUCUGCCCAGCCGAGUCUCUCUGCACGCCCCCCAAGCACACCUUGCUCAAGCCCAAGGCAGCCGCCUUGCCGCUCCAGCUCUUCCUGUUGAAUCCCACCUCUCCACCCCCAUCGUCUCCAUCUUCGGAAACCCCCCUUCUGUCAAGACUUACACCCUCCAACAUGCUUUCCGAUCUUGCUUGCAGAUGUCACCCAUCCUUUCCCCAAAAAAGUCUUGGCUGAGGCUGCGGCCUUGACCCCUGUAUCUUUCCUCCCCUUGAACUAGACUGUAAACUUCUUGAGGGCGGCUUCCAAGUGUGUCCUGGGGCCCCCAGCAUAGUACGUGGCACACAGUGAAUGCUCAAUAAACACCUGAUGAUUGACUACA